AUGGAUGUGUUACAUCAAGAUUUUCAUUGUAAAAAUAUAUUUGUAGAUGAAAAUUUUAAAAUUUAUAUUGGCGAUUUUGGUUUAUCUUGUUUUGAAGAAGAAUCAAAAAAUGAUCAUGGGACCACAUUAACGUUAGAUAUUUUAGAUGGAAAAAGACCGGAUAUAAGUAAUUUUAAGAAAUCUGGUAAAAUUUUUGAAAUGAUGUUAAAUACUUUAAAAGGUCCAGUAAAUAAUGUAACUCAACAAUAUUCUUUAGAUUUUGAAAAUUAUACUGAUGCUCCAGGCGGUUUUGGUUAUUCAGCUCCAAAAAUACCGCAAAAAGAAAGUAAUUCUGGACCACUAAAACAAAGUAUUUUUGAUUAUCCAGCUCCACCACCACCACAAAUUUUUGGUUCUUCUUAUCCAGCUCCACCACCACAAAGUAGUAGUCCUUUUUAUCCAGCUCCACCACCACUACUAAAGCAAAGUAGUUCUGCGCAUCCAGCUCCACCACCAAAACAAAGUAGUUAUAAGUAUCCAGCACCAUCACAAAGUAGUAGUUCUUCUUAUCCAGCUUCAGCUCUACCACCCCCACUAAAACAAAAAAAAAAUAGUUAUUCAGCACCAGCACUUGGAAAAAAAGAAAAAAAAGGAUCCACUUUCCAAAAUUAUAAUAAAUAUAGUGUUAGUGGUGGUGGUGGUUUACCUCAAAAUACAAAGGCAGAUUUGAGUCCAAAAAUAAUGAUUGAAGAGCCUAAAAUGUCUAAAACAUUUUUAAAAUUACAAACUCAGGAAGAAUGUAAAAAAUUGAAAUAUGAAGAAUUUGAGGAUUUAGAAGAUAAAACAGAGGAUUUAGAUGAAAUAGAUGAUUCAGAUGAUUUAGAUGAAAUGGAUAAAAAAUAUUUAACUCAAAAAUAUGAUUUUACACAUUCAGCAAGAGAAAGAGAAAGGACUGUCACAUAG